GCCUCUCACUCCGGCUGCUGCUGCUGCUGCUGCUGCUGCUUCUUCCCUCUCUCUCUCUGAGGAUCGAUGCGGCUUCAUCGGGCAGCGGCUCUCUCUCUCUCUCGCUCUCUCCCACACUCGGACUCGCUUGUAGCUUCCACAGCCUCAUCAAAGGCCUUCUUCACACACACCGGACCCGGGACCUGCUCUCUUUCUUUCUUUUUUUUCACUCUACAUGCGACUGCAACCGGAAUAAUUAAGUGAGGAAUGUGGAAAUUACAGAAUGCCCAACAGCGCUGGAAAGAGAUUUAAACCCACCAAAUACAUCCCAGUGUCCACUGCUGCCACACUCCUUGUGGGUUCGACCACUUUAUUUUUCGUUUUCACGUGCCCCUGGUUGACUAAAGUGGUCUCUCCCGUUGUGCCUCUCUACAAUGGCGUGGUCUUCCUCUUCGUCUUGGCCAACUUCAGCAUGGCUACCUUCAUGGACCCUGGCGUCUACCCCAGAGCGGACGAGGACGAGGAUAAGGACGACGAUUUCCGGGCGCCGCUCUACAAGAACGUGGAGAUCAAGGGCAUCCAGGUCCGGAUGAAGUGGUGCGCCACCUGUCACUUCUACAGGCCGCCUCGCUGCUCGCACUGCAGUGUGUGUGACAACUGUGUCGAGGACUUUGACCACCACUGUCCCUGGGUGAACAACUGCAUCGGACGGAGGAACUACCGCUACUUCUUCCUCUUCCUCCUCUCGCUGAGCAUCCACAUGAUGGGAGUUUUUUCCUUCGGCCUCAUGUUCGUCCUCCACCACAGAGAGAGGCUAGGAUCACUGCACACGACCGUCACUCUGGUGGUGAUGUGCAUUGCGGGGCUUUUCUUUAUUCCAGUCAUGGGACUCACAGGUUUUCACAUGGUGCUCGUUGCUCGAGGUCGAACAACCAACGAACAGGUGACCGGCAAGUUUCGUGGAGGAGUGAAUCCCUUCACCAGGGGUUGCUGUGGCAACGUGGAGUAUGUCUUAUGUAGUCCUCUGGCACCUCGGUACGUGCUGGACCCCAGAAAAAAGCCCCACGUCAAAAUCCAGCCUCCGUUCAUCAGACCCGAUCUCUCAGACAGACAAAUAACCAUUAAAGUCAGCGACAACGGCAUCCACAGCACCAUCAUCAGCUCCAAGUCCAAAAGCAGCCUGGAUGAUCUGGACGACAAAGACACUCAGCCGCCGCUGCCUCCUAAAGCUGACAGGUACAACCAGCUGAAAAACCAGCUGACAUCCAGCGAAGAGAGUUCUCUUUCUGGUAAAACGCACCCAUCCACUCCAGUGAUGUACAAGUUCAGGCCAUCCUUUGGCACCAUGCCUAAAGUCCACUACCACACUGCUGGAGAGAAGAUUACCAUGCCGGAUGAUCGGAGGACAUCAGCCAUCUUGGAAGAGGGCAUCCUUAGUCACGACUACCGAUCCGAGCCAAACCUCGAUCUGCCCGAGUACACCAACACGACCCUCCACCGCACUUUCCAGUCCUCUCCACUCCAGCUGGACUCUGAGCCCGUUAGCUCCCGCUCUGUCAGCUUAAAGCAGGGCCACCGCAGGCUGGAGAAGGGCCAGCUCCUCGUCCUGCAGCCUCACACAGCCACAUCCACGCCUUACAAGAGUGUCUUCUCACCUAACGCGCUCUCCAACCGCAACGGCAGUCUGUCCUAUGACAGCCUGCUCAACCCUAACAUCUCUCCAGCCACCGCCAACGAAUGCAUGGCCCACCGCGGCAUGCCGUCCAUGGGCUUCCACUCGCCCUACCUGCCCACCAAAAUGUGCCACAUCCGAGAGCCUGAAAUGCAAAGGCACCAGGUUGCCCCCGUCGUCUACAGCCCGGUGAUGCCGCAGCGAGGGGUUGGCAGGCAAUCCCCGCACCAAAGGGAAAGGGACCCAUCACCAGUGCGCUAUGACAACCUCUCUCAGACCAUCAUGGCCUCCAUCCAGGAGCGAAAGCAGAUGGAGGAGAGGGAGAAGCGGCAUAUGCUGCGUGGGCACUCUCAGACUCACAUCUAUGCCCAGGACUCUGGCGUGUUUGAUGGGGGCUAUGGUUUGGCACAUAACGCUUGCUAUCCAGAUGGGCCUCGUGGCCCUGGCUCCAGAGGCCCAACGCCUCCAGCCUACGGAGGCUCCAGGGACAACCUGGUGGGGGUCGGGCUGUUAAGCUAUGGCCAGCGGACCCCCGUGUUGCGCCACGCGGGCUCCGCACUGGGCCGCGCCCCCAGGACUUCGUCCACGUCCCUGCACACAGAUCACAGUAGUAGUAACAGCAGUCAGAGCAGGGUCACUGGCCUUGAGGGGCCCUAUCGCUCCCCGGCCCACCAGCCCCACUCCCCCGCUAUGCCCCGCUCCCCCUCCUACUCUCAUCAGAAAUUCUCCUACAUCAGCGCCCUUGAGAGGACAGACUCACCUCGUCUCGGGGGCCCAAGAGAGGCCAUGAAGGUUAACGGGCAGAUGGACUGCCACCACGCCACCCAGGGCGCCAACCUCAGCCCCGGCCGCCACAGUAACGUCAAAAAGGUGACAGGCGUGGGAGGCACCACAUAUGAGAUAUCUGUGUAAGCCGCCUCCAGUGACCACAGCCACUCCGUUAUCGAGAGAUUCUCUCGUUUUUGGUCUUGACGACGGAAGAAAAACACUCCGUUUUUGGGCGGUGCAGUCCAAUCUGAGGAUGCGUCCGCUCUUGUGUAGGUGUGUCUUGCCAAAUGCCUGUUUGUUUGUUCCCUGAGGGAUUGGUUGUCAGGUGGUUGAUAACCCGUGCAGACUGUACUGUAUACGUGUGUGUGUGUGUGUGUGUGCGUGUAGUGUCUUGUCAUCUUGGUUGUGAGAGUUUUCAGACGUGGUCACGUGGACAAGCGUAUACGUUGUUCCAAAGGUCACACAACUUUGCUCCGAGAAGGCGCUGAUGGUGCUUCACUUUAACCUGUUUGAGAAGUUUGAGAAGUUUGACAGAUGAGAUGCGUUAACGGUCGUCGCAGGAGAGGCUGGGAAACCUGAUAUCAAAGAGAAUUAAAUCUUAUCACUUUUGAAAGGCUGCGUUUCAGAAAACAAAGAUUUAUUAGAAAGUAUAACAAACGGCAACUUCAUCGUAGUGCAAAAUGAUCCUCUCAGGAACGAGCGCGAACAGCAGAGAGGUUGUCACGGGAUAAUAUUUUGACAUGGAUUAUUGAAUGUGUUUUUGCUUCAUCUCAUUUGAGUGCAGGUGUCGAUGGGGCUCGAGUUAAGCUUAGCCUUUAGAUGCAGCUUCUGUUUGGACGUCACUGUGUGUGUGUGUGUGUGUUCUGAAAGAUCAGAAUACCUCAUCCUAUCCAAGUCCAGCCUUGCACCACCAAAACAAGUCCUCUGUUCAUGUCGUUUAAAAACGUGUAUGUAAAUUAAGAUUAUAAUAGUAUUUGCAAGGGUAAAAAAAAUGUGGUAAAAUGAAGAUAAUGUUUACCUAUUCAUUAUUUUUUUGCAGUUUGUUUUUGGUUUUUCUUUUUUUUUAUUAUAUAUAAAUAUAUACACCCAUCUUUCAAAAACUAUGCUUGAUACAUCUUGUUUUUAUACAGAUACUUAAACCUGGAAUGGAUGUAUUAUUUUGAGUGCUGUUGCUUGUUGAUAAAUUAUAUAAACACGGUAAAUAAAUGAUAUCAAGAUUAAUGGGUAAACAUUCAUGAGAGUAAAUCUAGCUUGUUCUAACUUGCAGUGUAAAAAAAAAAAAAUAAACGUGAUGAAAUGUUAUGAGCUGAGGGUAAAGAGGUAAAAUACUGAAGCCAAUCUUGGAUAGGGUCAGUAUGUGCUGUCCUCAUGUGGAGGAAUGGGCUUUUAGAUUUCGGCGACAAACACGAUAAACCGUAUCACAACUAUAAUUAUGUGCAGCAGCUGUCCGGUACAGCUCCCACCUCCGAGUUUGAAGGUUAUUUUGUGCUUUUACAGAAGUCUUAAAACAUUACGUUGGACUAUAAAUCUAUAAUAUCUAAAAGGCGAAGAUUCCACAACAUGCCAAACGUUACCCAGGGCGUAGAGCGAUCGACGUGGUCCAGCUAUGUUUGCGUUGAAGAAACCAUUGUUGCCUUUUGAGAUGAAAAGCUGAAGUGACUGGUGGAAACACUAUUGUAGAAGUGUUUAAUGUUGAGCAACAAACACUACAGACAGUUUAGAACUGUAUUAGAAAAGAAGCCGUUGUACUUGGUGACACACAAGCUGGUUUGAUAUAUAAGUACUGUUUCCAGGAACCUUUUUUUUUUCCCUUCUUCUAAUUUCUUUUCUGUUCAUAGUUUUCUUUUUCCUUCUUUCAGAGAUAAGUGUUAUACGUCAAUAGCUGAGGUGCAGUCUUGCUUUCUGACAAGGUUGGAUGUUACUGAAACUUGCUGUACUUACAACCUUCUGACCUUUCAAGGUCUCACCCGGCUGCCUUACUUCACAUUAUACUGUGUUCACGGAAACACAAGGUAAUGUUCAUUCAUGAUUUAUCAAGUGUUUUUAAAAACAAAAAACAUUUCUGUUCUGAGGCUGCAGCACGCAGGGCUACAUGUUUUGUCAAAAUCCGGGCAACAAGAGCAUCUUGAAAUAUCUUAAUGGACCCGUUAUGUUGCUGCGUUGCCUGAACGGAACCCCGUUUGACCACAUAUCAAAACACUGUCGAUGUCAUUCCUCUCUGCAAGACGACUGCCAUUAGUCCAAUAUUGUUGUUUUAGGGAUGGACAUCACUGCAGGUCAGGGACCAUUCCUGACACUUGGCAAUGAAUCCAUUCGGCCAUGAGCUGAUUUUGUUUUCUGAAACUCAAAUAGAAAGUUGAAUAUGUAUCAAAAUAUAUAGUAUAAAUGUAUAUACGUUCCUAUUUUUGUGAAGAGGAAAUGUUUCCCAAUGACCUGAUCAAAGUAAAUAAAAGUUUCCAUCUCUUUGAGUGAACAACAUUGA